AUGAAAGGCUUCAACAACAGCAGCAGCACUAACAACACUCCAAAACUCGGUGGUACCAAUUCUCAACAAGACAUGAGUUCCACCACUUCCUCUCCUCAACUCUCCUCUCCUUCUCUACCAUCAAGAAGAAGACAAUCCACUGCUUCUGUCAAAUCCAAUUCAGUUCAUUUCAGCAAUGAUCAUCACAACCCCUCUGAUAUUGCUGCCGAUCAAAGCAAUUCUCCCAAUCCCAAUCAAGUUAUUCCAAGUGGACAACCCAAGAAACUCAGAAAGCAAAUCAAUACCACUGCCUUCAAACAGAAUUACUUUGAGUUGGAUUUGACUUCAUCGAGUGAGGCUAAACUUUUACAGUUUACUCCCGGAAUGGAAAAGAAGAAGAAGGCUUCUUCUCGAUCCAGAAGUAGUUCAUCAGCAGCCAGUUCCUCUCAACAACAACAACAACAACAACGAAGAAAAUCAGAUGCAACCAACACGACCAAGAAGAGAAAGAAGCCCUCGAAGAAUUCAUCGGAUGCCUCUGAACAAGAGGAUGAAGAGAGUUGCAACAACUCUGAUCAUCAUGAGGAAAAUCUCUCUUCUCCAAAUUUAGAAGGUAGUAACAAGAGACGUAAUUCCACUGGUUCCUCUCUCCUGACAAUGAGUACCUCAAACGUUGCUUCUAAUACUACUGCUAAUACCACUACUUUGAACGUUCCUUCCUCUACCUCAUUCAUGUAUUCUCAACCACAAUCACAACAACAAACACAACAACAUACUCUCUCUGAUCCGAUGACAUCAAUGAUCAAACACAAACCCAUCUACAAUGAAUACAACAAGAAGCUCUACACAGCUCGAGAAGAUACUGCAUUCUCCAAUAUCUUUACCACUUCAACUACUUCCUUUUCAACCUCCUCCGUUCCAUCAUCAUUGAAGAAAGCCAAUAUUCAACUUCCAUCCUCAGGCUCAUCAACCAUCAACACCACCACUCUAGCCGAUCAAGGCUCCAACAAUGUGGGUGUUCUCUCCUCCAUUCUCUCAUCCAAUUCUUGCAUUGCUGCUGAAUCUGGCACCAAGAUUGAAAAGUUGAUGAAUGAACCCAUGCCUUUGAUCUAUUAUUUGAAUGCCAUGAGUAGCAAGAAGGAAGAAUUACAACACCAACAAAACUCUACCAGUAGUAACCAACACCAAACCAACACCAACACCACCUCCACUUCCACCUCCACUGCUACAACAUCAAGUAAGGCAAGUAGCUACAUCACUCUCGAUCAAGGAAACGCUGCAGGACUAUCCGUGAUGAAUCAUAACCAACAACAACAACAACACAUGAACACUCUUCCCACUGGUUCAUUCCAUUCCGGCCACUAUUCCUUAGCAGCAAGUUCCUCCAACAUGAUGAUGAUGAAUAUGAACCACAACAACAACUCCUCCAACCAGGUCGACCUGAUGCAAAUGAUCUUGAAUCAACAACAACAACAAGACACCUCUAUGGACAUUCCAAUGAUGAGUUUCAGUUUGAUGGACGCAGAACACAUCAAUGAAUUGCAAAGCUUGUUGAAUGAACUUGAGUCUCAUUCCUCGUCAUCAGUGAUGAAUUCUUCCAAUGUUGCAGCUGCAAGAAACUCUUCAGAUGCUUCUGCUGUUGUUCAUCAACAACAAAUUCCAAACACCUCCAUGGAUUCCUCUUCCUUCCAACAAUUAUGCUUUAGCAUUUCUCAAAGUGCCAAGAAUGGUGCCAACCUUAAUAAUGUGAAUAACAACACUUCAAAUAGUAACUUUUUUAACUCGGAAAUGAACGGUCCAUGGGAUGAAGACAUUUUGAACACAAUGCAGCAACAUCAACAACAACAACAACUGGUAUUGCAACCUUCUUCAUUUUCCACCUCGACUGCUCCUCCAACAACAACAAACUUUUUGGAUGAUGAAACAUUCCAACUUGGCAUGAAUAUUAAUCAAUGCAACAAUUUUGAUCCCUUGUUCAACUUGGACAAUCUGUAUAGAGCCAUUACGUCGUCAUCAAACGCAACAAGUGCUGCUGGUAGUGAGGCCUCCUCAUUCUCAUACAAUCAAUUCGAUCUGUCAGAGCAACUUCAGUCAAAAUCCGCAGCUGGAAGCAUGUUUUUCUUUGAGUGA